AUGGAAGACGCCCAUGUCGUCGACUUGGACGUGGAUGGCACUGGCUCCACCGCCCUCUUCGGCGUUUUCGACGGCCACGCCGGUGCCGAGGUCGCGGCCUUCUGCGCACGCCACAUCGGCGGUGUGCUGCCAUCCACUGAGGCCUACAAGGCUGGGGACCUGGAGGCCGCCCUGUCAGAGGCCUACCUGCAGCUGGAGCUGAUGAUGAAGGACCCGACGCACCGCCAGGAGCUGGCACUGCUCAGCGCAGGGCUGAAGCCGGGGCGCAAGCGGCUGGCCAACGAGGCCCUGGCAGACAGCUACGGCACCCUGGACGAGGACGGGUGCUACCUGGGGCCAAAGGCGGGCUGCACUGCAUGCGUCGCGGCGGUGCGGGGCGAAGAGAUGUAUGUCGCAAACGUGGGCGACUCGAGGUGCGUGCUGUGCGAGUCUGGUGGGACGGCCGUGAGCCUGACGCGGGACCACAAACCAGAGCUCAGCGGCGAGGAGGAGCGAAUUACAAAGGCGGGCCUGAGUGUAGUGCGCAACAGGGUAUAUGGUGACAAGUCCAGUCUGGCCAUGACUCGCGCCUUGGGAGACACCAAGUACAAGGACCCCAAUUUGCCGCCAGAGCACCAGGCAAUAUCGCCCGUGCCCGACACCACGCAGUACAUUGUCGGCAGCGCCGCCGGCGGCUGCGAAGCUGCAUGUCCGGCCAGAACGUCGCCGCCAAUUCCAGGCGACAGCGACCCCGGGGCGGCGGACGCGGCGGAGUUCAUGAUCCUGGCGUGCGACGGCCUUUGGGACUCCCUCAGCAAUGAGCAGGCGAGCGCAGCAGACGGAUGCCGUUCGCCCACUGCCGGCCACCGGCUGCGCGCUGCCAAUCCGGCGCUGCAUGGUGGUCGCGCCGCCCCUGCCUGGCAGAUCCCAGCGGUGGAGUUUGUACGGCAGUUCCUGCAGAGCGGCGACACGCCGCAGCAGGCCGCCAGGGCGCUGGUCGAAGAGUGCCUGUCGGACGACGGCGGCACGCCCGUCUCGACAGACAACAUAACAGUGCUGAUUGUCAAGUUUGAGCCGCUGCCCGCCGCGGCCGGCAACAGUUGA